GUUGAAGGCGAAGGAAAAUUGGUAACAGCUCCGUUUCGACGGCUUCGGUGUCGGACUUACUCUGCGUUUCUGGGAAUAGGCCUCGUUAUUCAGGGUUCGAGGACACUGGUUUCGUUUCGUAGGCAGGCUGUGCAGCUGGGAGAGGAACAGGCGACAUGGCGCCGGGGUUGGGUGAAACCAUCAACAAAUUGUUGGACCUGUGUCGUGCGCAUCCUGAUGGAUUGCCUCAAAGAGUCUUGGAUGAAGAAAUUCCAGAUUUAGAAAUGCUGAGCCAAGCUCUCAAUUUUUUGCUUUCGAAGCAAAAGUUGGUAGUGUUUACGCAGGGAGACAAUAUUGUAUAUAAGGAGCAAAGUGCUGAUGUAGCAGUGAAGUUCAAAGGACUGUCUUCAGAAGAUAUGCUUGUCUACCAAUCGAUUGAAGCAGCUGCAAAUCAAGGGAUAUGGACUGCAGAUUUGAAGAGAAGAACGAACUUGCAACAACCACAAAUUAAUAAAGCGUUGAAGAAUUUGGAGGGUCGUAGCUUGGUCAAAGCUGUAAAGACUGUUACGAACAAGAAUCGCAAGGUGUACAUGCUCUUUGACUUAACUCCAUCUCGAGAGGUCACUGGUGGUGCUUGGUAUACAGAGCAAGACUAUGAUGCAGAGUUUGUGGAUGUUGUUAAGCAACAAUGCUUGCAAUUCAUUACAAGACAGGGACUAGCCGAUUUAGAGGCUAUUGCAGAUGCUAUUAAGAAGUCAGGUAUCACACAGGUUGAGCUAGGGUUGGAAGAGUUUAAGCAGAUCAUGGACACCCUUGUAUUGGAUGGAGAUGUCGAGGAGACUAUGGGUGGCGGAACAUAUUCCUCUGAUACUUUAUGUUACAGGGUUGCUAAAGCACGUAUACCUGAGACCUCAGCACUUACAAACGUUCCUUGCGGCAUAUGUCCUGUUUUGCAUGAGUGCCAACCGGGUGGCCUUGUAUCACCAGAGACAUGCGUGUACUUCAAUGACUGGCUUUCAUUCUAAGAGUGCUUCUCAAGGUUUUAUUCAGCGUGCGCAAUGUCGACUCAACAUAGACUCAUCUUUCUUAUGUAGAAAAACACCUUCUACGCACACCAACGUGCAUCAACAUGUAGAGAGCAUGAUACGCCCUUGUUAGCUCUGCCGGCGCGCACAGUGCAUGCAGUCGAUCGCUUCCGUGAAGCGAUUGAUGUUAGGUGAGGAUACCAGAUGAUAAACAGAGGCCACAUCUGAAGUGUUCAGAAAAUCGCACGUCAGUUGCAGCACCUUGUUCACAGUUUGCGGACUAACCUCAUCUAUUUCGCUUUGCAAUCACAAACACUACUGAUUACAUUACAAUUAACUCGGAGGAAAAAUCAAUUUGUUUCCUUAA